GUCCUACUUUACUUUGGGUGUGAUCAAGGGCUGAAACAGUUGAACAGAACCCGCCUGGCAGCAUUCAUGCACGGCUGUAGAUAGGGGCAAUAAUCCGCAGUCGCACCAGCAGCUCCUGCAGUGCCCGAUGCGCGUGGGUCGGGCUGUCUGUCUCGGUCUAGUCUACUGUUUGUCUGCAGCUCAGGUUGGAUCACGGAGGGCUUCCUGCGGCAUCAAUCUGCCUCCAACACACAAGCGGCGGGCUGACACUGCAGGUGACUGAAGCUGUACUCUCUCUCUCAGGACCACCCCCCCUGCCCCUCCCCUCAGCAGACUUCUCCCCCUCCUCUCGCCUCAUGGCUGUGUGACGUGACAGGGCUCACCGUGGCCCAUGCGUUGGACCCGUUUCCCUCCCUGUCCUCCUGCUCCCUCAAGCUGACGCAGAACCCUAGGCACCUCCCUCCCCUCCCCCACCCCAUAUCCCACCCGGUCCCCAGCGACUCCCCCCCUCCUCCGCCCACGCCACACGCUGCUAUGGCCCCUGGCACGGAGACGGUACACUACAUCCACCUGCACAACUCCAGCCAGUCUGUUUUGGAAGCUCUGCGCACCCAGAGAAGAGAAGGCCUAUUCUGCGACGUCACUGUACGCAUCCACGACUCUUCUCUCCGAGCCCACGCCUGUGUUCUAGCCGCUGGGAGUCCGUUUUUCCAAGAUAAACUGCUCCUGGGUCACUCUGAAAUCUCCGUCCCGCCACUAGUGCCCGCCGAAACGGUCAAACAGCUUGUGGAUUUUAUGUACAGCGGUUCCCUGGUCGUGCUCCAAUCUCAGGCUCUGUGCAUCCUCACCGCAGCCAGCAUAUUACAAAUCAAAACGGUGAUUGACGAGUGCACGCAGAUCAUUUCACAGAGGAAAGCGGCAGCGGGGGCAGCAGCGGCAGCGGCCGCAGCAGCAGCCAGUGGGGGUGCUAUGCUCGGGGGUAUCCUGCCCAAACAAGAAGACCGUGGAGGGGGUAAAGGCCGCGACAGCAGUGGGAGUUGCUCUGGAAAUCCGGGCGGGUAUCCAAACUUCUCCAACUUCAUGGCCGAUUGCGCGAGUAACAUGUCGGGGAUGGGGAACGGCGUAAAUGUUGCGGAGAGCGGAGGGAUGGAGCAGCAGAACGCCGUGAGCCUGAUGGGGCUCGGAGACAUGGGGCCCACAGGCAUGUGCGGAGGAGACGGACUCGGGUCAGGACAGAUGCUGAUGAAGCAGAGCCCAACCUGCACACAGGAUGUCCGGUACAAGCUGCGUGACCUGUUAGCGCAGACGGCUAACGGUGCUAGUGGGGGUAGCACUGGAAACCUUUCGGGUGGCUGUAGCUCCGGGGUGGGCAGCGUGGACAGCAUCAGCCGGGACAGUCUCCGCGGCAACGACCUCUCUGACGACCUGGUGGGCAUGGACCGCUACAGCGAGGAGGAGGAGCUGGACCGCGAGCGCAGGGGAGAUAGAGGGGCCGGCCACAGUCGCAAGCAAAGGCAGCCGCUCCGACUUCAGGUGCUGGGGGGAGAAGGCGUGGUGGUGAAGGAUGAGGGGGUCCAGGACACUGAUGGGUCGGUGUAUGCGCUGGAAGACGGACGGAGAGAGGGAGACCACCAGGAUGCACAAGAGACCAUGGCAGGAUUCGGACAGGAUUUCUACGAUGAACAGGGCGUGUUUUCUGAGAGUUUUUGGCCUCAAAGUGAACCAGCUCAGCCCAUGCAGUUUAACCCCAGGGGGCGUGUCAAUAAGCCCCUGACUCCGCCUCCAACCUCACAGUCCAUGACUAACCCGCUCCUGUUCCAGUACCCAGUGAGCCAAUCGCAGCCCGCUCCAUAUUUCGUGGGAGGACCAAUGACGGGGAUGGACAGCAUGGCAGGGGCGGAGCCAAACCAACAGGCCCCGCCCCCUGCUCAGAUGCCGCCGGUCCCUCCCCCUUCCACCUCGUCCUGUUCGGCGGGGCCCUCUCCUUCGUCGCAGGGAUCGGAAACCUCAUUCGACUGCACGCACUGUGGCAAAUCUCUGCGCUCGCGGAAAAACUACAGCAAGCACAUGUUCAUCCACUCUGGUCAAAAACCUCACCAGUGCUCCAUCUGCUGGCGGUCCUUCUCACUGCGCGACUACCUCCUCAAACACAUGGUGGUGCACACAGGCGUCAGGGCGUUCCAGUGCUCCAUGUGCGGCAAACGCUUCACUCAGAAGAGCUCCCUGAACGUGCACAUGCGCACGCACCGAGCCGAGCGCACCUUCCAAUGUAACGUGUGCCACCGCGCCUUCACCCACCGCACCCUCCUGGAGCGCCACGCCCUGCAGCAUGCGCACCACAGCGCCCCCCAGGCCCCGGGACGAGACAUGACCUCACCAAGCACCAAGCACAGUCCCCCGGCGCUGGGCGGGCCCUCAGGUAUGGCCCCGAACCAGGGCAUGGUCGGAGGCAUGGCCAACAUGCCCAGCCACGGGGCGCCCACCUCUUAGGCACAGGAUGUGAUCACACAGGGGAGAGGGAGGGAGAAUGUAGACAUCUUUAGCCCAAAACUAGAGCCAUGAAAGAGAGUAAGGACAAAGCAAGUUCUCUGCUGCUCUCAGUAGUUCCGUGUCAUGUCCCUAAAAAUGAAGAUUAUACUUUGAUUUACAGUAAAUGGAAAAAUACCCUGAGCAGCCAGACUCGUUCACUUUAUGAGGUGAAUUAUAAAAAAAAAUGUACCAGUUUUUAAUCUGAAGAAUAUUAUGUUUUUAAUUGGCAGGUUCUGGUACGAUCAAAAAAUAAUUAUAAACAAUGAAUCUUGUCAACAAUUGCACUUAAAUUUAGAUUUUUACCUAUAGGCAAGGCUUAUAGACCAGUGCAUUUCACAUGUAGCAGUCAUUGGUUGUUGCCAAAAUGAGAGGACUUAUGGGCAUCAAAACUUGCAACACUCUCUUUCAACAGCUCUUAUAAGAAUUUUGUUAAAUACAUAGAUACCACUGGAUCGCCUUAUUGGGCAGGUCAACACAAUGUAAUGUUUAACCACAACUUUUGUGAAGAAUUUGAAAUCUCAUAAUGUGUAUGUACCACUGCCAAUAUUAUAUGACUGCACAGUUGACCUGUCCAAUAUGGCAUCCACGUAAGUACACUUAGGACACUGUUAGUCAAAUUCAGCCUCAUUCUUGUAGUGGGAACAGCUAAAGACACAUUUCAGGGUUCCUACAAACAGGUAACAUGUACAUUUAUAAGAUCUUAAAUAGGAAAUUGCACAAGAUAUUUGGGAAGAAACCCCUUGAAAAAAAGUAAUCUUCAGGUCUGUGUCCAUUUUGACAGUUCAUUCCUUCAAUAAAAAAUUAUAUUAAACACUUUAUUUUGUUACAAGCACUAUUUUAUGUGCAGUGACCCAAAGAACAUUUUAGCUAGUAUAAGGCAUCUAGUGUAACUGGCACUUUUUCCAAGUGAGGUGAGCUGAAAGCUGUUUUAGUAGAUUAAGAAUAAUGGAGUAAUUAUCUUAUUUUUAUCAAUUUCAUAAUUAGGUGUUUACAUUUUAAUAAUAUAUUGCACUGAAAAGAGUAUUAUUGUAGUAAUAUUGUAGCCUUCAAAUCUGUCAAUUGUCUCAAUCUGACCAUUACUUAGUUAUAUAUAAUUUUUUAUAGAUUGUGAAAAGGCAAGUAAAUGUAAUUGGAUUAUUGCACUAUUCUAAAUUACAUUGAUAUUGCAUUACAUUAGAAUGGGAUUUGCUGCUUGGGUUGUUUCUAUUGUCUAAGUUGUCAAUGGAAAGCUGCCUCUAGCCCUACCUUUUAUUUAUUUUUUUUACUUAUAGACAGCAUACAGCAACAUAACUGCUUGUAUAUUGGCUCAAAAUAACGUACUCUGUGUAAAAUUACAUAGAUAUUCAUAGAGAUACCUCCUUGCUGCAUGUGCAAAGCUCUCAUUUUAACUAUAGCCUUCUAUACAUUUUACUGCAGUCACAGUGGUGCCGAGUUGUCAUGGAAACCAUACUGUAAGGAAAAUGUUCACUUUUUUGCACGGACUGCAUAUAUCCCAGCACUUUUCCCCUAAAGAAGGAACUGAAAAACUCAACAUGGACACGGACCUUGUUUUUUAAGAUGUAAAUUGUAGUUUUAAAAGAAAAAAAACGUAGCCGUCAUUGCUCUGUGUUGUGACAUUAAUGCUGUAACCAUCGCUAACAAUCAUAAAUGCUAAACAGCCAUAGAACGUAGGCUAUAUUAAAAAAAAUAGCCAAAUAUAAUAGUUUUUUGCGAAGGUUAAGAGUAGGAACCCUGUUUAAGACACCUGGAGUCACCAAAGAGGUUAGCAACAUAAAGCAGUCGCGAAAAGGGUUAACAUAAUGGGGGUGAGAGGGGGCAAUGCUAAAAACAAGCUUCAUUCACAAAUUCAACAAAUUCAGGAUCAAAAAGCAAAAGAUUACAAGAUAAAAAUGGUUUCUCUUUCUUGUGUAGCAAAAAAACCUCACCCACGCAGUUUGCAAAUUUAUUAUAUAAUAUGCCUCAUUUUGUGGUUUGAUGGUCCAUGAAACCUCACAUACGCAAAAGUCUUAAGAAUAUUUAGAAUAGAUUAUAUUUAUGAAAGACAGGUGUAAUCUAUUUUGACGGUCGAAAGAGGUAAUGUUUAUUCUGCCUUGCAACAAAACAGUAAUACUGAUUGUAGGGAUUAAUUAGUCAGUGACGUCUUAAGGAACCCAUUUUUUUAUGUGAACUAAUUAUUUUUUAAAUAUUUGGAUAAUAAGAAUUUAGAUGGAUAGGGAGUGAGUUAUCUGGAGCUUUGUAGUGACUGGACAGUUUUAUCUGACAUACAUAGUAGUUGUUUUAAGUGCAUUUCACAGCCACAUAAGAAUACAUUAAAGCAGACCUAUUAUGCAAAAUCGACUUUUCAGAGAUUUUGACCAUGUUAUAGUUGUUUCUCCUUCUCAUUUACCCUCUUGAAGUUAUUUUUGGAGUGAUUCAUUAAUGUUGCAAUCUUUAAUCGCAUGUUGUGAUGAUGUUUAUGGCAACAUUAGCUCCCAUUGGGCAUUGUAGUUUUCUAAGGCGGAUGGUAGCGGACUUGUUUCUUUAUUUUAGAUGAAUAUUGCGAUUUAAAUUGUGUAAAUUAUAACAUACUGAUCCACGGGUGUUAUAGAUUUCAACUAUAUAGCAGACAUAAGCACAGUAGGUCUUCUUUAAGCUCUUACUUUAGAUCCUCCACAUAAUACAUUUUGAAUAGAAAUAAAUGCAUAUAUAACAUUAAAAAUCCAGGGACAAAGUACUAUUGUAACUAACCAAGGCAUUAGGUAUGGAAAUAUGUUGUAGUAGGUCUAUUAUUAAACUGGUUAAAUGUGAAAUAGCCAGAGCAGCUAGUUUUUCUGACAGCUGUCACAUAGAAGCCCAUUAGCUGUAAUAAUAAUGGUAUGCCGGUAACGUUAGCAUUAGCGCUACACCGCAGGGAUAGUUGUUUGAUCAACUGAAACCUGUCAAUCAAAGCAUAAUGUGAAACUGCAAGGCGAAAGAAUAUAAAUUAAAAAUUCAGAAAAAGUGACACAUAUUACAGAAAAACUAAGUGUACUUGGUCUCUUCCACACGGGUAUUUUCUACAGUUUUAUAAGCAGUUUUUUCUUUGGGUCACACAUUUUACUGUUAUCCAACCAUUACCUCUUUUAACAUAAGCUGACCUCUUGUGCAAUAUUUUGACUGUGGCCAAAACAGUGUUGGUGCUAAUACUAUUAAAUAAAGGACCUGCAUGUACACAUAUAUAAACCAGCCAAAUCAUUAUGACCAGUACAAAUCUCUAAAAUAUAGUAUUAUAUAUAUAUUCAUGGGUUUCAGUUUUCUAACUAAUGAGAUAAACUAUAGUAGAUCUUCUAUAGAUAUUAGAAUUGUAGGGUACUUUGUGGGGUUACCUUUUUUGUUUUUUUUUACUCCACAAAAUGUUUCAAGUUAAAAUUGCUAAACUUCCUGGAGAAUAGGUUAUCUGAACAUGGUGUAGAAAAAUAUUUGUAAUAUUUUCAGAUGGAGGACAUGGUUCUACAUAACUAUAUGUUUUUUUGAAAGAAAUACCCAAACUUAUUGUCCACAAACUAUAUUAAUUUAGCAUAAUUUAAUUUAAUUUGGCAUAAAGUAAUUAAUUUGACACAAAUACAUUCUGUGAUUAAAUAAUGGCCUGACUUCUUGAAGAUAUUGUAAAAAAAAAAAAAAAAAAAAAUUAGUUGGAUUAGUUUGUGUUGAUUGAGAAAAACUUGAAUUGUAUACCAGUGUUUGCUUGUAUGGAUAGGCCUAGAAAUUACAGAUAAAUCAGCCAUAAACCAGGACAAAAAUGUAAAUUAAAAAUGAAAUGUUUUUCAUAACCCCACUAGAGAUUAUUAUCCUGUGAAGUUUUAUCAAGAGUUUAGCAUGAAUUUAUGUAAAAUCUAUGUGAAAGAUAUGAUACAAAAAUGUAUAAGGGUGAACCUGUAUGAAUGUAAACAAUGAGUUAGCAAUAGGAUGGACUAAACGGGCAAUUAUACAUUUCCCUUUGAGUGCCAACAUUUUAUUCUUUUAAAAAUUUAAACAGAUGUUUCUAUGAUUGAAAUUUAAGAUAAAGUAAUAGCCACCUAUCAUCACAAAUUAAUUAUAAUGACUUAAGUUAUGAUACACUGGUUUUGGGCAAGUAGAUGAACCAGGACCAAACUAAGUCUACAUGAGGAAUAACCUGGGCUUAAAUCAGGACAAAACCAGGACAGCACAUCCUUAAUUAAUGAUAAUUUGCUACCAUCAACCAAUAUAGAUUAUUGUAAGUAUUCAAUACAAGCACCAACCACUUUGCCACUGUGCAUCAUGAAAACCUAUAUAUUUAUCUUGAAAACCUGGUCAUAAAGUUGUGGCUGGUCAAUGCAAACCGUUACUCUUCCUAUAUUUUCAAUACGAUGCAGUACUAUAGGAACUCAACUCAAGAGUAUGUUUUAUCACUGCCUAAGUACCUCACUCACACUCAUACACAAAUACCUCCUCAUGUACCCUCAACAGACCACUUACAAGAUGUUUUUCCCUAAAAUGUGUUGCUUUGAAAACCAUACAAGGACUGAAAAUAUAUUUUAAGCCUGUUCACAAGCCUACAGGGACUUCACAGAUUUACAGAUCCUGAAUUUGUUGAAUUCAAGUGAAUGAAGCUAUUCCGAGCAUCGACAAAGACACAGUUGUUGAAUGAUGCUAUGAAGAAGAGCAGAGUAGCGUAGUGGAAGCUCUAGCAUAACGUAGUGGUGG